AUGCCUAAUAUCUGCAAGCAUGGAGAUCAGGCGCUCUACCCGAUAAAGAAACAGUGCCUUCUUGUUCAUAUUAUUACCCGCCGGGGUCCUCGAUUUACUGUAACCCAGUACCACUCUACUGUGAGUGAAAAAGUGCCUGUAGGACAUGCUGUUUCCACUGUGACUGCAGUCGUUGAACCUUUUAGUACUCCCGCCUCUACUAACUUUUACACCAACAUCAGCCUGCCUGAUGUUUACCCCGUUGUAUACAGUCUAGUAACAACGAGCCCCUUGAGGACACAGAGUCAGAUAUUGAGGCAAAAUGUGCCUGGCUUGCUACGUGAUCCGAAUCUGGACAAGAGCAUGCUGGUUUCCCCAUAUCUUGGGUAUCAUCAGCUGGCUCUUCUAGCAGCUCCAUUUCAAGUAGACUUUGACACUGGUACGUCCUUUUCUUUCAUUCAUGCUCCACUUCUUGGUCUUACUAAUGUAUCAUACACUACUAUUCCAUUCUCUUUUAUUAUUUUGGUUCGAUCUUGUUUUCACAACUUGGUCAGGGGACAGGGGGACCUUGUGGAAUUUCCCUGGUCCUAUGUUUUCUGCCAUACUAUUCGUGAUUUCUAG